AUGGCGGACUUUCUGGCCGGAGAAUUGAUCGACGGAGGCACAAAAGAGAAGAUAAAGCCAUUAGUGGAGAUCCGAAUUCUCACAAAGACGAGUUGUUUCAACAGAUCUCGUUUGGUGGAAGCUGGCGUUGUGGAAUCGCUCAUGAAGCUUCUCCGUUUGGGAGAUCGGACGAUUCAAGAGAACACCAUGGCUGCGAUUUUGAAUCUUUCCAAAGAUAUCGCCGGGAAAGUUCGAAUCGGUGGAAGCGGCGGCGGAUUGGAGAUGAUCGUGGAGGUUUUAAACGAAGGAGCCAGAGCAGAGAGUAGAAAACACGCAGCAGCUGCGAUAUUCUAUCUCUCUUCUCUCGGAGAUUACUGCAGAUUGAUAGGAGAGAUCCCGAGUUCGAUUCCAGGUUUGUUGAGAAUCGUUAAAGGUUGUGAUUACGGAGAUUCCGCGAACUCGUAUAACAACUGGCGUGUCCUCGUCGCUGGAGCCGUUUCCGUUCUGUUGGAUCUUGUGAGAUCCGGCGAGGUCGGUGAUGGAGUCAAGGCGGAUUCGAUUGCGAUUCUCGCGAAAAUCGCGGAGUAUCCCGACGGGAUGAUCUCUGUACUCCGUCGUGGAGGGUUGAAACUCACGGUGAAGAUUCUCAGUUUGUCGACGAAGCAGCACUGUGUUGUUCUGCUUUUGAAUUUGUGUGUUAACGGGGGAAGUGACGUUUUUGGGGCUCUGGCUAAGGAUCCGUCGAUCGUGGGGUCGCUUUACACGGUGUUAAGUAACGGCGACUGUGGAGGUGGGAGAAAGGCAAGUGCUCUUAUGAAAAUAAUUCAUGAGUUCCAGGAGAGGAAAAUUGAACCGGGUUUAGAAAGAGGACGGUUCGUACCCGCCUGGUGA